AUGGUUUCUCACACCACCGAACCUAUGUCUCUGACUCCCAAUAGACACUUUCACAAAUUCACAUUACCCAAGUGGGAAACUCAACAUAACCUCACAUGCACUAACAUCUCCAUUAUCGAUACAGCCGGUGCUUCAACCAGCGCUGAUCGUCGUUCUUCAAGGGAAGAUGAUGAUGAUGAAGGGGUUGCGAAUGUGAGGGAGAAACUGAUGCAUGAGGCUACUAGAAUGAAAAGCCCGAAUUUGAGAAAAGAAAGUGACGAUGAUGCAGAGACUCUCAAGCCGUGGUUUGUGAGAAGAGGUAGACAAAAAAGAGUGAUGAAAGCUCCAAUUACCGCUUCUCAAGUGAGAAAUGAUGGUGUCGUGGCCAGAGACGAUGACCUUGUGUCGUCAAGGUUGAGAAGCAUUGUUGAUAGUAAUAAGAUCGAAAGGCCAAAAUUUUGCAUUCCUAUUUCAAGGAAGGAAAAGGAGGAAGAUUUCUUGACGUUUUUGGGUCGUGCACCGCGGCAGAGGCCCAUUAAGAGGCCUAAAAAGGUUCAGAAGCAGAUAAACAAGGUUUUCCCUGGACUGUGGUUAAGAGAGGUUACUGCUGAAAUGUACGAGGUUCAUGAUACAAAUCAGAAUGGGAGAUUUGGGAAGAGGAAAAUGAGAGGGAAGGGCUUUUGA